AUAUGACAUAACAAAGAGUCUUUAAAGCUUCCUUGCUUAUAUACCUACUUAAAAAGUAAAAGAUAACGAAGCGUGAUGGCUCUCUCCACGGUUGUCUUCGCUGAUCCUUUCUUCUCGGAGAUGGACCGCGCCAUGAACCGCUUCAUCAACAGCGCCCUUGGCAACCCAAUGUCCAGCGCCACGGCCGGCGGCAGCUCGCGAGCCGGUGUCGCCCAGCCGACUCUUGCCAUGGACAUCAUCGAGACGCCCACUGCCUACGAGCUGCACGCCGACACUCCCGGCAUGACGCCCGAAGACGUCAAAGUGGAGCUACACGAGGGCGUGCUGACGGUGAGCGGCGAGCGGAAGAUCUCCCACAGCUUGAAGGACGAGGGCGGCAAGGUGUGGCGCAGCGAGCGCAGCUCCUACAGCUUCAGCCGCGCCUUCACACUUCCGGAGAACGCCAACGCCGAGGACAUCAGCGCCUCCAUCAACAAGGGCGUGCUCAGGGUGACGGUGCCCAAGAAGGAGCCGCCGGCAAAGAAGGAGCCAAAGCGAAUUGCGGUGAAGAGCGCACUGUGAUGGGCAUUGAAGGGUCGAGCGACGAACGAUGACUGAUCUAUCUAUCUAUCUGUUAGUGGCAAAAUGGCUUUGGGGAUAAGUUAUCAGGAACAACGAUAUGGGGCUUUGUGAUCUUUGUAUUGGCCCGGCGUCAUCCAGGCCGUUGCUUUCUCGCCAUCGUGCUGGGUGGUUAGCCGGUAGGUUGGUGGGAAUGUUGGAGCUUGUGUCGGCGCACGUGUGCGUGCAGAAAUGGACUACAGACAUUAUUGGCCGUAGCAGCAGCAGCAGCAGCAGCAGUAGCUGGUGCUUGAAAAUGGAUGCUGCAUCUCAGGACGGGACAGGGAAGAGAGAUGUUGCCGCACUGGUAUCGGUAUCGGUGUGGACGAGCACACUGAGUGCUACUGCUAGCUAGUGCAGGUGGUGCUGGUGGUGGUUGGUCACGUCGUGGGUUAGUCCUUUGCUUUGGUCCUUCGACACAGAGGAGGUGUGAAGUCCAAGCAAAGACUUUUCCUGUGAUGUGUAUGAAAGCCAUCUACUGUUGCAGAGUCUUGUUAGUGAUAGGACCUGCGUGCACCGGUUGCAUGCUGACCAUCAUCAUCAUCAUCAUCAUCAUCAUCAUCAUCAUCAUCAUCAUCGUUUGCAGGUAGUUAGGCUGGCUUAUGUUGGUUCAUAUUGUAGUUUUGCGUCGGCAGGGUCGGCGCCGUCGUGACAAGUUGAAGGACAACGAACGGAACGGAAAGCGGAAACCUCAUGAAUGCCGUACAUCAUAUUGCACAAACGAAUGCUGCUGACUCUUUGAAAUCUUUUGUAACGGGACGUUCGCACCGCCCAGUGCUCCCUGCAUUUUAUCCACUGUACGAUUUGGAUCUAUC